AUGGCCGCAAAAAUGAACGAUAAAAAACGAGAGGGGGGCGAAGAAAUCUGCGAUCUCACCGAGGACGAUAACGAAGCCGAAACGGGGUCAACAUCAUCGGACAGCAAUUGUCCCGUCUUUCAGCUUUGCGAGCAAGGACAGAGUGCUAUCUUGGCCGGAAUGAAAGCAGCCAACGCAAUGCCAUCGGGGCGGUCCCGAGACCUAUAUGCAGCACACGCAGAGUUUAUCAAAAUUACGGAAUCACAUGCGGAUCGAAUGUUGCAUAUAAUAUCGGACCUACUGCAAAUGCACGGAGUCCAAGGCAACAUUCGGCGACGCGAUGCGGAAGAACGAUUGGAAAUGAUACAAGAGUUUAAUGAUAAUUUGAUUGAGCGAAUCAACUCUAACCUGGACGCGAUGGAAGGCGUUGGCGAAACAGCCCCAACAAUGCUUGUGCAGUCGGAGGUUGAGGUACCAGCACUGCCACGGUAUCGGUUAAGCGGUGCCUGGAACGAACAGAAAGCACCCGAACCAGUGAAGGCGACUCUCAUUACCGGAACGAACAUUGCCCGUCCCCAAUCAAAGUUUAAGCUUCCGAUCGAUAACUCACGGUUGAACCCGUUCGUACCGAAAAUACGCGACAAACCAAAUUCGCGUAAACCGCUUGCCGUGUUACCCGAGUACGACGAUGACGGCAACAUCGUCAGCUAUCUGCACCCGUACGAGUUCGAGCUGGAUCGCUUCAAGCCUGCCAAGGAGAUGUUCCAACCCGUCACACCUCAACAACCACUAGCGAUCGAAAAGACUAACCUAAUGUUCGUCGAUGAUGAGACCACACUGGGAGGCCUUUUGCGCGAGCUGAAGCUGGCCAAGGAAAUCGCAAUUGAUUUGGAACACCACUCCUACCGCAGCUUUCAGGGUUUCACCUGUCUGAUGCAGCUGUCUACGCGCGAGAAGGACUACAUCGUAGACGCGUUGACACUGCGCGAUGAACUUCACGUUUUGAAUGAAGUGUUUACCGAUCCAAAGAAGGUGAAGGUUCUGCAUGGUUCGAUCAGUGACAUCGAAUGGUUGCAGCGGGAUCUGGGGCUAUACCUAGUGAAUAUGUUCGAUACCGGUGAGGCGGCGCGAGUGCUACAGUUUUCUCGCAUCGGUUUGCAGUUCCUGCUGAAGCACUACUGCAGCAUCGACACGGAUAAGGCAUUCCAGUUGGCCGACUGGCGCAUCCGCCCGCUGCCGGGGAGCUUCGUCGAGUACGCGCGCAAAGACACGCACUAUCUGUUGUACAUUUACGACUGUAUGAAGAACGAGUUGCUCGAAAAGGGCGAAGGUCUGCUGCAGACCGUGCUCGACAAGUCGACGUUUAUUUGCAAGCAGCGGUACCAGAAACCCAGCAUGAACGAGGACACCGUGAUGAACAUUUAUCGCCGCUCGAGAUACGUCUUCGACCAUCGGCAGAUGUACGCGUUUCGGGAGAUUCUGUACUGGCGCGAUCACCUGGCCCGCUUGGAGGACGAAUCGCCCGGGUAUGUGCUGCCACAGCACAUGGCACUCGACAUAGCCUCCAAGCUGCCGAGGGAGAUGCAGGGAAUUUUAGCCUCCUGUACCCCGGUUCCGUCGCUUGUUCGACAACAUCUGCACGCGUUGCAUAAGAUCAUUCUGAAGGCUCGCGAUCUGCCGGCGGAAGCGCGCGAUAAACCGCAAACGACGCAGCUGCAGGCGGACACGAGACACAAAAUACAGUCGUCAUAUGACUUUAACAAUCCCUUGGUGUGCCCGCACGAUGACACCGGGCAUGCGGAUGUUAUGGGAAGUACGAACCACCCGACGCUGUUGGGUGAUUUGACGAAUUCGCUGCACGCCAUCACGCUGAAGCCAACCGUUCAAUCGGGUUUAGUGAAGGAUGCCGCCGAUAUAAGUGUUUUUGGUAUUACCAAAAUUAGGACGAUAAAUGCUCGUGGUCACAUUGGCCUAAGCGAAAAAGACGUUGGCGUGAAAAGAUUUGCGAAGCUGAUUACUCUUCACACCAACCCGCCUACCAGCGAUAGUACACCGAACGGUAGCGGUGACAAUAUCAGCAAAUUUAUGCGGAACAAAUUCAAUACACCCUACGAGCGAUAUCUCGAAACGUGCCGUUUACGUCACGUGAAGGAACGCAAGGAUGAAGAAAACUACAACAAACAGCAAACGGUUCUCAAGCAGCUGAAACCCGGCAGCGAAGGAAAACGUCUGGAUGAUAGUAGCACAGAUGGCGGUACGAUUCCAUUGGAGUCCGCUCCGGCAACGCCGACAGCGGAGAGCAAAGGCCACAAGCAGCCCGAUAAACCGGCCACCGCACUGAUGACGCAGAACCAGCUGAAACGUCUCGAGCAGGCGAAGGUGCGCAAAGCGGUCGAAAUAGGUGAAAAACUUUGCUUCAACGGCACCACCAUCGUGGAGGAAAAGCAACCAAAUACCCCGACGCACGGGAAACGAAAAUCAUUUCCGCUGGCAAUUAACGUCAGCGGCGACAGUGCAGCUAUCGAGCGGGACCUAGCGGAAGCAAACGGCAACGAUAUGGGUGGUCCAAGCGCGGCGAAGCAAAAGUGGCGCAUGGAACCGUUCAAAGACGCUUCGAAAGCGGGCUCGCACCAUCACGACGCCGGCUGGGACGAGCGAAAACCGAAGACGAAGAAAGGCAAACAGCGCCACCGCAACAUGACGAAAUCGCCGGCCGCGCAGGGCUCACGACAAAACUCCAACAAACCUGUCGAAACGUUCGAUUACGGUACUGUCGAUUACGGAAGAUUUCAGGGUGGCUCGAAGCCACUGGCCACACCACGCAAAGGCAAACGUGGCGCACCUCAGGUUGGCUUAGCGCUGGCAGAGGCGGAUACCGGUGAUGGUAGUGGCUCGAAGAAACUGCACCCCAACAGCCGGUUAGCGAAGAAUAUCAAAAAAACGGAAAAAAUGUUCAAUUUAAGUAGCAGCGGGCAGAAAAGAAAAUAACACGCUAAACGUCUA